CCAACAUCCACCGUUGACGAACCAAGAUGAGCACCAGGCAGAUCGUCUUCACUGAGGAUGCCAAUCCCCCGCUGCCCAUAUACUCUCAGGCAGUCAAGUCAAAAGGCCACGUCUUCCUGUCAGGGAACAUCGGAUGCGAUGCGAACCUGAAGCUCGCCGACGGCGGUGUCCAAGGGCAGACUAAAGCGGCCUUGGAAAACAUCAUCAAGGUCUUGAAGGCUUCAGGAGUAACCCUGGACGACGUCGUCAAGGUCAACAUUUACCUGACCAACCUCGCGCGCGACUUCGUGCCCAUGAAUGAGGUCUACGCCCAGUAUUGGAAGCCGGGACAGUUCCCGGCUCGAACUUGCAUUGGAGUGGCGGCCCUGCCGUUGAACGCCGACGUCGAGAUCGAGCUCGUCGCUGCGCUCCCUGAAGCGUGAGUGACCGUAAAAGUAUGUCGUCGGCAAUCGAUGUCGUGCGGCGGCAGUCAAAUACCGUCAUAUGGAAACGCGGAUGUAUUUGUACGCUAGGACAGAGAAAGAUACAACGGUAUGCAUAAGGCUAGACAGGACGGAAGCAUGAUGAGAAAGCAUAACGAGGAAAGCAUGUGAUGGCGGAGGGCAUAGGCGCAUGAACAGCGAGCGAGAGCAAGGGACAGCAUAUGAUAGCAACACGAGAGUGCUGAGAGCAUGUGCGAGUCGAAAGACGAGAGCGGGAUGCAGGAAAGCUGGAACAAUGUGUACACGGGGGAAAACUGCUGGAGGAGACGACGUUCUGGACAGAUCGCGUAGGGGACGCGUCUGUGGUGGACGCAACACUCAACGGCGGAGCGUCAAGUACUGCGUGGAUGCGGCUGUCGCGUUUAACGACGAAGCCGCGGCAGCAGAGUCGGGUGCAGAAGGGGCCCAAAUUGGCUGCAGGGUGCCGGCGAAUGAAGGCCCCGGGCAGAAACGUCGGCCUUCGUAAUAUUCCCACAUCUCUUCAAUGCUGCGCAUGAAUGCAACCCCCCAUUCGUACUGAUGCAGAUAAAAGAGGGCGAAGGCAGCGAGGAGGAGUGUGCAUAACGCAGUGACGGCUCGUCGCGCGACGGCUCGUGUAUAGUCGCGGAUCCACGCGCGUAUUGCCCUACGGCGUUCACGCCAGUAAAGGUCCUCUUCUGAAGGAAAUUCGAGAAAGUAUAGCUGUUCGCCAUAGACGAGGAGGUUCCGCACCGCAAUUGGAGAGAGUCGGUCUGGGUCUGCGCUCUCGAACACUUCUUCCUUAUGUUG